AUGCCAAGAGUAGUCCUGGACACCUCCAGGGCAGCCUGGCUAUAUCCUUUCCUGGGUAUAUUCUACUUCGCAACUCACCGGUUCCUCUGGCCGUUGUUCCGCGCACGCCUCAUCCCGAUUGUCCUGCUGUCCGCUUUUAUCUACACCAUUCUCUUCUUCUUCACAUACCUACCGCAGGUUGCUUUCCUGGCGAUAUUCCAAGGUUCCAGCGCUUGGGUGAGCGGUGCGUUUCUUGUUCUAGGAGAGGGUGCUGCCCUCGUUGCUGCUCUCUUCGAGGCAUUCUUCGUCGACGAGACAUUGGUCGACAUCUUCGAUGCGGUACUCUUCGCAAAGGGCUACGAAGAGCUUGUCAACAAUUCCCGAGUCAUCUAUCCAGAUGGGGAUACGCCGGUGAAAAGACUCGGAAAGCCUACCAAAAAAGCGGAGUACUCGCCAUUCUCUAUCCGACAGAUCAUUGAGUUCAUCAUCUUUCUGCCGCUUAACUUUAUUCCCGUGGCAGGAACGCCCAUCUUCCUUAUUUUGACGGGAUAUAGAGCCGGUCCUUUUCACCAUUGGAGGUAUUUUCAACUCUUGGACCUUUCGAAGAAAGAGAGGAAAGCAUACGUUCGCAAGCGGCAGCUGCAAUAUACAUGCUUUGGGACAGUGGCCUUGAUUCUUCAGCUCGUUCCCAUGUUCUCCAUGCUCUUCUUGAUGACAUCAGCCGCCGGUUCGGCUCUGUGGGCAGCUGAGCUCGAAGGAAAAAGGAGGACCGCUCUCGAACGCUCUCAAAGACCGGAGCCCGAGUACCAUGACCAAACGGUAUGA